AUGUUUCAACCUACACCCAAGAGGUGUUUCACUAUAGAGUCUUUAGUGGCGAAGGAUAAUCCUGUACCGGCGUCCCGCUCCGAGGAGCCCAUCAGGCCGGCGGCUCUCAGCUAUGCAAACUCCGGACAGAUGAACCCCUUUCUGAACGGCUUCCACUCCGGCGGCCGGGGCGUCUACUCGAACCAGGACUUGGUGUUCGCCGAGGCGGUCUCGCAUCAGCAGAACUCCGGCGUCCCGGUGCACCAGGUGGCCCCGCCGCACUCGCUGGCCGGUCAUCCGCUUUCCUCGUCACACAGUCCGCACCCUCUUUUCGCCAGCCAGCAAAGGGACCCUUCAACUUUCUACCCGUGGUUAUUACACAGAUAUAGGUACUUGGGUCACAGGUUUCAAGGUAAUGAAACGAGUCCAGAGAGCUUCCUUUUGCACAACGCGUUGGCCAGAAAGCCCAAAAGAAUCCGGACAGCGUUUUCACCCUCGCAACUCCUGCGGCUCGAACACGCGUUUGAGAAAAACCAUUACGUGGUGGGAGCAGAAAGAAAACAGCUCGCCCACAGCCUUAGCCUCACAGAAACUCAGGUAAAAGUGUGGUUUCAGAACCGGAGGACGAAGUUCAAGCGACAGAAGUUGGAGGAGGAAGGCUCGGAGUCUCAGCAGAAGAAGAAAGGUUCGCAUCACAUAAACCGGUGGAGAAUGGCGACGAAACAGGGGAGCCCAGAGGAAAUUGAUGUCACUUCGGACGAUUAA